CCCUCCCUCCCUUCUUCCCUCUUUCCUUCCCUCCCUGCCGGUCUGUCUGCAAAGAGUUUCAGUCACAUGAUUUGGAAUGACUAACAUGGCCGAUGGUGGACGGCGUGCUCGUGUGCUGAUUCUCGGAGGUACCGGAUUUAUAGGUCGUAAUCUGGUCGGCUAUUUGGUGAACAAUGACUUGGUCACAAAAGUACGGGUGGCUGACAAAGUACCCCCUCAAAUGGCUUGGCUCAACAACAAACAUAAGGAGGCCUUUGUCAAUCCACUUGUGGAAUUCAAGCAUUCCAAUUUAAUUAACAUUGCUUCUGUUGAAUCUGCUUUUGCUGAUGUCGAAGGACCAUUUGAUUUUGCAAUCAAUUUAGCUGCUGAAACUAAAUAUGGCCAGACAGAUCCUGUUUACCAGGAGGGAAUUGUGAAGCUUAGUCUCAACUGUGCCAGAGAAGCAGCGAAACGCAAUGUCAAAAUCUAUAUCGAGGCCUCAAGUAGCCAAAUGUACUCAGCUGAUAAGCCGGAAGAUGAAGAACUUCCCGAACAUCAUAGUAUAACCGAGAUGAUGAUGGCUGCAACAGAGGAGAAGAAAUGUGAUCCAUGGACAUUUGUGGCCAAACACAAGCUGUCGGUUGAAAAAGAACUGAAAUCCAUUCCAGAUCUCAAUGUUGUGAUUGUACGACCCGCUAUCGUGUAUGGCCCAGGAGAUAGACAAGGGUUGACUCCUCGUCUUAUUAUUGGUGCAAUAUACAAGUACAUGAGAGAGACGAUGAAGAUGCUGUGGACCAAGGAACUCAAGAUGAAUACAGUCCAUGUGGAAGACAUGUGCCGAGCCCUCUGGUUUCUCUGCAACCAUGGCAAGACGGGAGAAAUCUACCACAUUGUUGAUAAAGGAGACACCACUCAAGGCAAGAUCAGUGAGCUGAUUUCAACCAUUUUCAACAUAGAACAUGAAUUUGUUGGCUCAACUAUGUCAAGUUUGGCUAAGUUGAAUAUGAACAGCAUAGUGGAGGAGAUUAACGACAAACAUAUGGAGCCAUGGGCUGAUGCCUGUCAAAGGGACAAUGUCACAAAUACCCCAUUGAACCCAUUUAUUGACCAGGUUUGUCUGUGUUUUGGUUUUUUUGUUUUUGUUUUUUUACCUUAUUCCCUUUCCACUCUUUAAGCCACCACUAUAGAA